CCAAUGUUCGGGAUUAUGUUCCACAACAAUAUCUUGUUUAAAAAACACUCACUUUCAACCAAGUCGCGGUGGUGUAGUUGGGAGCAUGACAGACUGAAGAUCUGUUGGUCACCGGUUCGAUCCCGGUUCGUGACACUUUUGAACACUCUUUUUAUUUUAUUUUUAUUGUAUUUCUCUAUUUUGCCAUUGUUCAGUGACUAUAUUUGAAUGAUACGCGAUGUUUGUUUGUGUUUCUUUUUCUUACUACGCACGCUCCGCGCCCUAUACGAGGUGUAAUGGAAGUGUCAAAAAUAUGCAACAUUUCUAUUUAAUUGAUACACUGUAAAGGCAAGAAAUGUAAAAUUUUCUAAGGUCUACGAUUAUUUUCCUCUGAAUAUAGUCUGCGUUUAGUCCAACUACUGAAUUACUUUCGAUUCUGAGGUCAGCUACAAAUUCGAUCAAGUCAAAAUAUAUCAACCAAGGUAAGCUAAAGAAAUGAAUCGAGGCAUUGCCUAAUGAAGAUGAAAGAUAUUUGAAAAGAUCUUUUCACAGAUUGAUUGAUUUCAAUUGAUGUGUUCCGACUCGUUAAACGAUUCGAAGACCCGACUCUUUGUUCCUCACGAUUGCCCUUAGUACAAUUUGCUAGAGAAAAAAGGGAAUUGAAGAUUUCUGUGUGACAUUGACGGAGACUAGAGAAGAUAAUAACUAAAAUAUUAUGAAAAUUGUGGACUUAAUUCAUGGACUUCCGAAAGGAAGCACGUAUUACUCAUUCGAGUAUUUUCCUCCAAAGACGACAGUGGGAUUGGAGAACUUGAUGAGUCGUAUUACAAGAAUGUCGAAUAACAUGCUUCCUUUGUUUUCGAGUGUUACAUGGGGAACAGCCGGUAGUACGGCAAGUGUUUCCGUGUUGUUGUCAAAGUUACUUGAAAAUCAGCACAAGGUACCAGCAUGUUUGCAUUUAACUUGUACAAACGUGGACCGAAAAGUUAUUGAUGAAACGCUUGAAACAGCCAAGAAUGCUGGUAUUCGUAACAUCUUGGCAUUACGUGGAGAUCCACCUUUGAAUAGCGAUCAUUGGGAGGGAAAACUAAGUGCUUUUGAGCAUGCGGUUGAUUUGGUACGCUAUAUUCGUGAAAAAUAUGGUGACUAUUUUUGCAUUGGUGUAGCAGCAUAUCCCGAAGGACAUGCGGAUUCCAAUGUUCCCGAAUUAAGUCGUGAUCCCGUUCAUGAUAUACCUUUCCUUGUUGAGAAGGUGAAGGCCGGUGCAGAUUUUAUUAUGACCCAAAUCUUUUAUGAACCUAAUGUAUUUAUCGAAUUUGAGAAGACAUUGAGAAAUCAUGAGUCGGGUGUGUUUCGUGAUAUAACGAUCAUUCCUGCCGUAAUGCCUAUUCAGUCUUUUUCUAUUCUUAAGAGGAUGAUUCGCCUUUGUGGCUGCAGUAUCCCUGAGUCAUUGAUAAAACGUUUAGAAUCCGUUAAGUCUGAUGACGAAGCCGUUAAAUCCAUAGGUGUUGAGCAUGCCGUGGACAUGAUAAAGACGAUUCUAGAAAGUACAGAUCACCGUAUUCUUGGUUUUCAUUUUUGCACUCUAAACCUGGAGAAAUCUGUUGCUCGAAUCCUCAAGAAUAGCUCGUUGUUGACUCGUCGUUGGGAACAAUACGAAUCUCAACUGAAAGACGGCAAAACCCUAAAGAACACCCGUAGGCGUCUUAGUUUGGACGAAACUCCAGAACUCCAUAAUCAUGUCGUUAUUCCUCCUGACGAUUCGCUAAAAGGUAUUUCUGCAUCCCUUCGUAAUCAACCCAACGAAACUGCACUCGCUACCCAUAGAGACAGUCUUACAGCUGAUGCCCCCUUUUCUGUUUCUGAAGGAAGUGGUGUUUUGGGAAGACAAGCAAAUUGGGAUGACUUCCCUAAUGGUCGUUUUGGUGAUCCUAGGUCUCCGGCUUAUGGUGAGAUUGAUGGUUAUGGUCCUACCUUGCAUUUUCCUCCACAAGAAGCCCUUCGUCUUUGGGGAUAUCCCGUGGACGAAUCCGAUAUUACCUCUUUAUUUCAAAGGCACAUUAAGAAUGACAUCCAUGCUAUUCCAUGGAUUGAUGAGACUGUUGAUGACGAAACAAAAAUGAUUUCGCAACAUCUUCUCAAUGUUAAUGGCCGUACUUGGUGGACAGUAGGUAGUCAGCCCACUGUCAAUGGUGCUGCUUCUACGGAUCCUGUCUUUGGUUGGGGUCCAAAAGGCGGAAAAGUGUACCAAAAGGCUUUUAUUGAAUUUUUCAUAAGCUCGAAGGAUUUCGAAAAAUAUCUUAAGAAAUGGCAUGAUAAUGAACAGAUCACUUAUUACGCUGGAAAUAAGAAAGGUGACUUUCUUACCAAUGCCCCGAGCGAUGGGGCCAGUGCUGUCACCUGGGGUGUUUAUCCAGGAAGAGAGAUUAUUCAGUCUACGAUCAUUGCAGAGGUAUCUUUUAAAGCUUGGAUGAAUGAAGCAUUUGAUGUAUGGGCUGAAUGGGCGUACUUGUAUUCUAAAAAUACAGCAACAAGAAAGUUGUUAGACCAUUGCACAAACGACAGAUGGCUUGUAUCCAUUAUACACCAUGAUUAUAUGGAUAAUGACGGUCUUUGGAAGGCACUUGAAGUAGCAUGAUGCCUUCUUACAAACUUGCAGAUUUUUUUGAUUUACGUUCACCAUUCUUUCUUUUAUUACAUACGUGAUCGUUAAAGCAUUCUAUGGGCUUCCUUUUUGUAUCUCUUUGUAAACAAAUAAUAUACACAUUAGUAUUAAGUUCGUUAGACUUUAGUCUGUUCUAGCUAAAGUAAAUAAAAAGAAAUCGCCAUCAUAUACCGUUAUAGUCAUAGAAAAAGUUGAAUCAACAUGAUAAAUAAACAUAAGCCCAAAAUGCUACAUGCUGA